GUUGUUGUCGUCGCUGGUGUCAUCGUUACCAGAUCUUUUGUUUGGAAUCAGUGUCAUCAUCGUUACUGGAGCCGUUGUUUGAUACGUCAUUUAGGUGUCACUUAUUCUGUGUUGGUAUUGUCUGUCUUGGCUGGUGAAGCAGUAUGUG